UACAACUUUACCUUCUUCGUUCGCCAUUUCCAGAAUCUUCACUGUUCGCUCCAAUGAAUCCCCAACAACACACACUGGACUCCGAUCAACCCCAGCUCCCCAACAUCAAGAUCCACCACCCCUCCUCCCCCCGCCAUCAACACCACCACUCCGGUGCUACCCCUACCCCAACUGCCGGCGCCCGCCGCAAGAUUGGCGUUGCUGUUGACCUCUCCGACGAGUCCGCAUACGCUGUUCGCUGGGCUGUCGACCACUAUAUCCGUCCAGGAGACGCCGUCAUCCUCCUACAUGUAUCGGCUACGAGCGUUCUCUUCGGCGCUGACUGGGGCCCACUCUCCCACUCCAGUCCUUCUAAGAAUGACAGAGACUCUUCCUCCGGCGGAUUACAUACGGAGAAAGACGGGAAUAUUCAACAAAAUUCUCCAUCUCGGAAAGAUACGGAGGAGGAUUUCGACGCGUUCACUGCUUACAAGGUUGCGGAUCUCGCGAGGCCGUUGAAGGAAGCGCAGAUACCAUACAAGAUCCACAUUGUUAAGGAUCAUGAUAUGAAGGAGAGGCUAUGCUUGGAGGUGGAGAGGCUUGGAUUAAGCGCUGUGAUCAUGGGGAGCCGAGGGUUUGGAGCUGCCAUGAGAGGCAGUGACGGGAAGUUGGGAAGCGUCAGUGAUUACUGCGUGCAUCAUUGUGUGUGCCCCGUUGUGGUGGUGAGGUAUCCCGAUGAUAAAGAUGGUGGCCCGACGGUUGAAGAGGCCGUGUUGUCUGUGAAAGAAGAUGGAGAAGAGGAGGCCGUGAUCAGGCCAGUUCCUCAUGCGGCGGUAGAUAAUGUGGCAUUGAACCGCAAAGAUGCAUAGGACGGAUUUGGAGAACAGCUGUGUCAUCCUGUUGAUAGAAGCUAUGCAUUUUGCAUUUUAUUGUAGACAAUGUAGACUUGUUCGAGUUACGAGGCUUUGCUGAUACUUCAGGAGUUGCCACAUAUUCGCGGCGUGUAGUAUUCCGCAAAAUAUGGCUGAUUCCAGAGUUCUCUCCACAGUUUCGUAGUUGUAUAAACUCCUGAGACUAUUUGUCAUAUUUCCAUGGUUAAGGUUUUUGCGCAUCUUGAAGGUCUUGUGUAGUAAUUUAAUCUGCAUUGUAGUGUAUCUCACUACAGUUUCAGGGAUCUCAGCGAGUUCAUGUAUUUUCUUGGGUUGUGCUAGCAUGAGUUCAUCGUAAUUCUCCUUUUCUAGGUAAACUGUGGUGGUGGGACUUGCUUUCCCUUUCAAAUAAUGGAGACUACAAGUUGUGUUGAA